AUGCAAGAAGACGAUGAUGAUGAAAAAAACUUUAAUGUUGAAAAAAGUCCUGAUGAGGAGACUACAGAAACUGGUCUCUCUGUUUCCUCUGUAAGAAAUGAGGAUGAAAAUGCUAAGCAGCAGUGUAAGCCAGCAGAAGUAUUUCCAUGUGAAAAUCAGGAUGGGAGUUCAAAUCUGUCUCCGUUUAGGAGUAGAGGUAUAGACACAACGAGGUCAAGAGAUUCUUCCCCAGUGAAACUUGAAAUAAAACUUGAAGAAUCUGACGAUGAAUGUGAUCUUGUGAUUGAUGUGCCACCAGAAGCUGUUAGUAAAAAGCCAAGAAUAAGUAGGAACUGUAGGAACAGGCACAAAGAACUGGCUGCUGUAAUAUGUGCCGAAAAAUUACAUGAUAGUGCUGUAGCAGACAUCCCUGGGUGUACAGAAGAAAAAUCAGAGAAACUUAUUACUUUGUGGAAAAAUGGCAAAGAUUUAAAUAAAUCUGAAAAACUGGGCAAUUUUUCCCCAAAAGCAAAUGAGAUUUAUUUGCCUGAUGUAAGCACUGGUGCAUUGAAGGUUUUGAAGGGAAGACACGCCCUUGCUUAUACUGAGGAGAAACAUGUAUCUUCAGCUGCUUCUGUCAAGGCAGACAUGCGGAAGGGCAUUCUGAAGCAAGGGAAAGCAGAAAACAAUCUAUUGGUCAAAUCAGUUGUUCGGAAGCAUGCUGAAGACACUGUGAGGGGUGGAAGAGUGACACAGUCUGCCUUGCGUGCUGGUCACUCGUCGAAAGAUGAGACUGCAGUUGAAAGACGUUAUAAGGGUAUAAUAAAUUGGGAGGAAAGCCAGAGCAUAGAAGAAAAUGGGGGUAAUGAUAGCCCAGAAGAUACAUACCCAUAUCGAGCUGAUUACCUAAACAAGAAAGAAAAUGAAAUAACUCUGCUGAGUUCAUCUGCUGAGGAAGUGGAACCAAGUGGGGAGGACACAGAGCUCUCCGAAUCAGAUGAUCCUUUAGAGGAGUGUCGGAGAAUUUUUGAGGAGUUUGAAAGAGAAUCACAAAAGGAGGACGGUGAUCAGCAGGCCUACGGAGGAAACGUAGAUCUCAAUUUAUCAGAAACCAAAGUACAUGUUUCUGGACCAAAGCGAAGAAUUGCACACACCACAAAACUUGCAGUUUCUAUUCAGAUAAGGCCUUCGAUUCCAGAAUCAGGAUCCAAAGUCCCACUUGAGACACGAAACCGAUAUGUCGGGGUUUUUUUUGCAGAAUGCCUCAAAAUUUGUAGCACAAUGAAUGAAGCUAUUGACAAGGCCAUGACAGAAGAGCAAUCUAUUUAUGAUCGUUGUGGCAGUAAAAAAAUGUACCUGAAUUUUGCUGUGAAGACUCUCAAAAAGCUAAGAGAUCAUGGACGACUUUAUGACAGCAGAUCUUCUAGUGGUGCUGGAUCCGUAGAUUCAGAGCAAGAGCAAGCAUUUACAGGUGGUGUUCUAUAUGAACUUUUAAAAGAUUAUCUGCUGACUGAGGAACAGCUGAAUGAAAAUAACUUCCCUCGACCAAAUCCUGGAAAAAAUGGUAGCGCUAUACUUACUGGGGUUGUAAAAAGUGCUGGGUAUGAUGCUUUCAAAAGAAUGUGCUGUAGGUGUGGCGGAGUAUAUGCUGUUACUUCUUCAGGAGAACAUAGACGUAAAGAAGAAUGCAACUAUCAUUCUGGUAGAGUACUGGAACAAAAAGUUCCUGGUGGCAUGGAAAAACGCUAUAGUUGUUGUGAGAGAAUAGUUGGAUCUGCUGGAUGUCAGAUUGCAAAGCUUCAUGUUCAUGAUGGAAGAAGGGAGAAAUUGGAAGGCUUCACGAAGACAUUAACUAAAUCACCGCCUUUUGAUGGAAACUGUGGUGUAUAUGCUCUGGACUGCGAAACGUGUUACACAACCCAUGGCUUGGAACUGACUAGAGUGACAGUGGUUGAUGCUAAGCUGCAGGUUGUCUAUGAUACAUUUGUUAAACCAGAUGGUAAAGUUGUAGACUACGAUAUAAGACUGUCUGGAGCUACAGAAGAUGAUCUGAAGAAUACCACAACAUCUCUUCGAGAUGUACAGGCAAUACUGCUAAAUUUGUUCAGUGCAAGUACAAUUUUAAUUGGACACAGCUUAGAAAAGCACUUAUUUGUUCUCAAGCUAAUUCAUGACACAGUAGUGGACACAUCAGUAGUGUUUCCUCAUUGGCAAGGUUUCCCUCACAAAAGAGCACUUAGAAGUCUGAUGGCUGACUACCUCAGGAGAAUUCAUCAAGAUGAUGUUGGUGGUCAUAAUUCCAGGGAAGAUGCAACUGCUUGUAUGGAACUAAUCCUUUGGAAGGUCAAGGAGGACAAUAAAAGAAGAAAAUGGUGA